CGAUAAGAUAAUACGUAAAUUCCGAUAAGAUAGACGGAGGUCAUUAAUGAAGGACGUACCGUGACGUAGAAUAACAAGCUAGGUACGAUACACAUAUUUCUGUGUUAAUGCGGCAGUGAGCAUUUGACUCUGAAAAGAUGGCGCCUGAAGCUGCAAACCAGAAGCGCAAGAGAGGUCGUCCGACCAACGCGUCGCGCGAUGACGAGGACGCGUCGGGAACCCAGCCAUCUCUCACGGGACAGGGCCAGCUAGCUACAACUUCCGAAAACACCAGGGAAAUGGACGAAUCUUCGCGGCCUCGAAAACGCGGGCGUCGAGCUAACGCUGAGCCCCUUUCUCAAGCCCAACCCGAACCUGAAGCCUCACGUCCAGAGAAAGCUAAGAGAAAACGCGGCCCAUCACCAACGGCACCACAAGAUGGUAAUGAAGAAGCUGCGGGAAACGAGGGACUAGAGACAGCAAAUCCACAGCGUAAGAAGCGUGGUCGUCCUCGAGUCUCGAAUGAGAGUGUUGAAGAACCUCCUCAAUCAAAUGUUGCGGCUGAGAACGCCGCUCCAAAGAAACGCGGUCGACCUAAAGCAUCCGAGGCAUCCAAGGGAAACGAACCUGAAGCAGAUGAGGCGGACGAUGAGAACGAGGGAAACUCUAGCCUUCUUCGACGUAGUGGUCGAGUUCGUCGAUCCCCCGGCUCAUCGAAUAAAGGGGCGCAAGAGGUGACCAGUGAUCAACCACCAAAAGGCCAGAAACCAAAGAAGAGAGGGCGGCCUUCGUUAACAUCAACUCAACACCCAGCAGAAGAAACGGAGCAGGAGCCCGUCCCUCAGCCGAAAAAGAAGCGAGGUCGUCCUUCGCUAAAUAAUCAGCCAACAGAAGACACAGAAGCCGCCUCCGCAUCUCAAAAACAGUCCAAGAAACGCGCUCGCCCACCUUCGUCCGGCGAAGGCGCUUCAACAUCCACGAAGGAAAAUGGUAGAAAACGUCGUGACCAGCCACCACGAGAGCAGCCCGACUCUGGACAAGAAGACUCCCAACCCGCGCAAGGACGGCCUGCCAGAACAUCCCCAAGAAACCGGCAACACCGUCGAUCCUCCGACACCCAAAACCGCUCCUCAUCAGCUAACUCCGACUCCGAGACCUCUGCCCCCAAGUACCGGCACCUCACAACGCGCACGCGGCGCAUCCCGCGCAACGUCAUCGAAUCGAAAUGGACAUCCCUCGAAGCGCCCGCCGUAACCAGCGUAACAUCACUCCUACAAGCCGCGUCGCGGCCCGUGCUCCUGCGUCUCACGAAUGCGCAGAAGCACGCGCACGCGCAGUCGGCGCUGAACGCGGUGGCGAACCGUCUGCGGUCCAAGAUCGGGCGCGGCUUGCCCUUCCCGCCCGCGACGACGAGCGCGCGCCGCGAGGACGAGUUCGACUUCGAGCGCACCAUCUCCGGCGUCCAGGCCCUCGAGUCCGCGCUCGACCCGCUUUUGCACAGCGUCGAGCUGCUAAGGCGCGAGAAGGAGAGGGCUCAGCGCGAGUUGGAGGUUGAGUAUAAGGUGCUCCGCCGCUUGGGCGCGAAUGCGAGGGCUGAGGCUAGGGAGAGGAGGGAGAGGGGGAGGAAGAUGCAUGUUCUUGUGCCGGAGCCGGUGGCGAGGGAGGGCGCGGAUGGGGGGGAUAAGGAGAAUGUGGGAGUGGUGCUGGGGUUGGUGGGAGGUGGCGCUGGAGAGGAGAAGGGGAAGGUUUUCGCGGAUUUGCAGGGUGAGGAGUUGCUUAGUCUUGCGGGACAGAUCGCGAGUCAUAUGGAGAGUAUGAGGGGCAAUUUGCAGCAGGUUGAGGGCGUGACGCCGGCGAUCCAGAGGAGUCAGGGGUUGCUGAGGGCGGCGCUGCAGAAGAGGUUGGAUAGGGAGCAGUUGGAGAGUGUCAUACUUGGUUGAGUAGGGCAAGACUGAUAUGGAUUAAAUGACCACAGAUUCAGAACAGGAUGUCCAUUCGGCCAUGCCAUGAAUAUAAUGAAUUAUGAA